AUGGUUUAUUCUACCGAACCCAAAUCCGACGGUGACAAGCAAAAGAACACUUUGGACAUCGGUCUGUUGGAAGAAGACGAUGAAUUCGAAGAGUUCCCAGUGGAAGAGUGGACUAGCCAAGAUGAAGAAGAUAAAGAGGCUAAUGUUUGGGAAGAUAAUUGGGACGAUGACAAUGUCGAGGAUGAUUUCAGUGUUCAAUUGAGAGCUGAAUUCGAAAAGCAAAAUAUUCCUGCUACCUUUUAA